AUGAAACACUACAACUUCUUUGAGGGCACCUCAACGGGCUGUGAUACCAUCAUACGGAUGCUCAACGAAGAUGACAAAGAGCUCAAAGACGAAAUGACCAAAAAUUGGCGGAACCAUAAGCUAGAGGAACUAAACUUUGUCGGAACACUUGGCGCUCUCCUUGCAAGCUGCCUCAGCUCCACAAGUUCGUGGCCAGAUGUUCUCCCCAAUGGAAAGUCCAAGCCAUGGCUACCUGAAGCUGCUGAGUGGUGGGAUGGAAACGCCAAGGUUAUUCACAGUCUACAGUCUACCCACAAACAUGACAUCUCCGGAUUCCCGAAUAUCCAGGUUGAUACCGACAAGUAUUGUGACUCCCAGCUUUGGUAUUCUAUACAGCUACUAACACACUUCUCAGCAAUGGAAGAAGUAUCAUAUCCUUUUUUCGUCUACGGCACCCUCAGAGCCUUGCCUUUGCUUGCCCAUGCUCUAACUGGAGAUUCCAAAAACACCCUCACCGUCACCGCAAAUAUGGCUCACCGCUACAGGCUGGAAAGCCUUCGAGGGCCAUUAUUUGCGACAAAGCAUGUGACGGUGACUCUCCAAAGUGACAUGAAUGUCGGCGCAGACAUGUGGGUGUUUAGAGGUCCUUCCGAGUUGCUCUCUAAUAAGCCUUGGUCUUUUGACAACUUCUUCCACAACGUACUUUCAACCUGGAACCUAGAUGGACCCGAAGAGCCUAGCCGUCGUCGAGCCUGA